CUUAGCUUCUUCACUCAUCAAGGGCGUGGCAGAUUCAUUUUGGGGACACAGAAAGAGAAAGAAGAGAAAGAGAGAAGCCUUUGCCUCUUUGUAUUGUUUUGUUUUGCCACAACCAAAACCAUCUUUCAUAUAUCAAGCAAAGAGACUCAGAGCUAGCUAGACCGGUGAUGAUCAUGAUGAUGAUCCUAUGAAGUAAGCAAGCCCUAGUUUGCCAGUUAAUUGCAUACACAAACAAACUGACAAAUUUGCAUCAAUAUAUAUAAAGAUGAUGUGUGGAAAGAAAGAAGAUCAAGGCGAGUGUUCACAGACUCAUCAUCAUCAACAAGUCCAGAACUAUCAAGAGCAGCUGCUUCUUCAACAACAACAACAGAUGAUGCAACAACAACAACAAAACCAGAAUGAUUUGUACGGUAGUCGAGGUUUGAUCUUCCCUCAUGAUCAACCUCCACCUCCAAUCCUGCAGCCAUGGACUCUCCCUCAGAUCCACGCCUUCAACAACAACAUCGACCCAUUUCUAGUCCCUCCUCCAGCUCCGUCGUCAUCCUACGCCAGCUUCUUCAACAGAAGAGGAGCUCCAUCUCUACAGUUCACGUACGACGGUUCAGCAUCCGAUCACCACCACCUUAGAAUCUUAUCGGAGGCUCUAGGACCGAUGGUCCAGCCUGGUUCGGCUCCUUUCGGUCUCCAAGCCGAGCUGGGGAAGCUGACCGCCCAAGAAAUCAUGGACGCCAAGGCACUCGCAGCUUCGAAAAGCCACAGCGAGGCCGAAAGAAGAAGAAGAGAGAGAAUCAAUAACCACCUUGCUAAGCUGCGCAGCCUAUUACCCAGCACCACCAAAACGGACAAGGCUUCAUUGCUUGCUGAAGUGAUACAACAUGUGAAGGAGCUGAAACGGCAGACUUCUGUAAUAGCGGAGACCAGUCCGGUGCCGACUGAAACAGACGAGCUGGUAGUUGACGAUGCCUCAGAAGAGGAGGGCAAGUUCGUAAUCAAAGCCUCGUUGUGUUGCGAGGACCGGUCGGAUCUUUUGCCUGAUCUCAUCAAGACACUCAAGGCGUUACGUUUGAGAACGUUGAAAGCUGAGAUCACAACGUUAGGUGGACGCGUGAAGAACGUUUUGUUCAUCACCGGAGAAGAAGAUCAUUCGAGCAGCGGCGAAGAGCAACAGCAGUACUGUAUAAGCUCGAUACAGGAAGCGCUCAAGGCGGUGAUGGAGAAGAGCGGCGGAGGCGAAGAGUCUAAUUCUUCCGGCAGUGUUAAACGGCAGAGGACUACUAAUAAUACCAACGUCAGUAUCCUCUAAUCAAGUGUCAUGAUCUUUUUUUUUUUGUUGGUUGUGGUGUGUUUUGGUGUGAUGUAGCAAACAAAAAAAACAGUGGAGGAUCUUUUUCCUGGGGGAGAG